AUGAGGGAUCGAAUCGCCAAUGAGGAUCCCGUUAUUUGAUCCUGCUGUUGGGUGGUGGGAGUGAUUAGCACCACUGUUUUUUAGGCACCUCUUCUCAUUUGACGUUAGAAAUUUUUCUUUGGUUUUUAGGUCUUCUCUUUAGCCUUCUUUUUUUUGAAUGAUAUCUAAGGAGUGUUGUCGCCUCUAGUAACACAUCAGGACAAGGUCUGCUUUGCUGAAAAGUAUCAAGUUUGUGGUUGUCAUCCGCAAGCCAAGUAGUUGACCUUGGUUUGGUGAAGAAGUGAUUUCUAAAAAAGCAUAUAGUGAAGUCCCGUUGUCGUUUAUAUUUUCAGUAUCACUCUCUUGCUUACCAGUUGUUGAGGUAGAACGACUUUCAUGUUGAGAUUGGAGAAUCUUGAGAAAGACUUUGGCAGUUUCGAAAAGACUCAGAAGAAUGGAUCAAUAGCGAGUUCUCGAGUUCCUUUACAGGAGCAAGAAAAAGCAAAGGAUAUUUCUUUGAAAGAACAAGGAAAUAACUUUUUCCGCAGUGGAAGAUAUCAUCAUGCUACUGAGGCAUAUACCCAAGCUCUAGAAUUAGCGGAUCCAAACGAUUAUGUAUCAAGAACGAUUCUCUUGAGUAACCGGUCACAAUGUCUAUUAGCGUUGCAAAAGUAUAAUCUUGCCGUUGAAGAUUGCACUAAAGCUUUGGAGUAUAUGCCUACGCAUUCCAAGUCUUAUUUUCGCAGAGGUCAAGCUUUGGAAUUGUUAGGUCAUUAUGAGGCAGCUUUGAAUGACUACCAGGUUGCUGCAAAACUCGAGCCUAAAGCUCUAGAAGUGACUGCUUGCGUUGAUAGAUUAAAGACUUAUCAGUCAUUGUCAGUUAGGAAAGAAGAAAGAGUUCGGAAGGAGCAAGAGAGACGUAUUCGAGAAAAGGAACGUCGUCGUAUGAAAAAAGAAAAAGAAAGUAUGAGAAAGAAAGGUUUUGAAGAAUUCCACAGUCCUGAUGUUGGUUCCUGCUGCGAUUUAAAUAAUGAUAUGGCAAUAAGGAACCUUGUUGAAAAGAGUUCUUCCGUAGCAAGGGAUGCAGAAGACAGCGUUUGUGAUAUAUUAAUGAGAGAAAGCCAGACGAACAGUGACGGCCUUGGUUCACUUAAUUGCAAUACUGCCAGAGAUUUAUGCAAAGAAUCAUAUAACUGGGGAAUAGCAUAUAAUGAAUUUGUCCCUGCUCAUACUUCGACAAGUUCUAGUUGGUCCUCUGUUUUAUCGGUUUCUGGAGCUGAAGAUGAAAACCGUAGAUACUCUUCUUUGACAUAUUCUAGUGGAGAGAAUGUGAGUAGUUCGCAGCGAACACUGAAUUCUUCCUCAAAAGUAGGCACGAUGGGUAGUGCAUCCGAUGAAAGAGCAGAGUAUAUAACUUACCCGGUCCGUUUGAAUAGUCCUGAUUGCAUGUACUAUUUAAAGACGGGCAAGUGCAACUACGGAUCUCGCUGCAAAUUUAAUCACCCUCCUCGUGACGAACGUCUUAUCAAAGCUUUAAGCCGACGAGAUUGUUUUGAUUUCUUACAGUUUGGAAGAUGCCCUUACGGCAAAAGCUGCAAAUACAAUCAUCCAUCAAAAGCAGAGCUUAAUGAACUUGGUUUUCAGAAAGACGAAAGUAUAUAUUACAACUCAAAGUCAGAAGUUAUUGAAAACAAUUCGCAGCAAUUGAACACACGAUGUCAAGAUGCUGUCGACUUGGAGAAACUACAAAAAAACUCUAGAUUAGAAUUGGGCCUAUAUUACUUAAAUGAAGGUCGAAAUGACACGUCUGGAAAAGAUUUUUCCUCAACCAAAAGUUAUUCUGGUGUAGACCAGUCGUCGCUGUUUAACAGCUUUCAGAGCAUCUCGACCAGAGUGCGUCAAUUGGAUAUGCAGCAGUCCCCAUAUUCUUAUGAAAACACGGACCCGUUAAGACAUUCUGAUUUGAAAAACUCUUCUUCAACAUUUCCAACAGACAUAUCGCUUGACAACUCUUCAAAGUCAAUCAGCCUUUUUAGGGGUUACGAAACAACGGAUUUAUUAGAUAUCGAUGUUCAAUCUUCUUUAGCUGACUUGAAUCAGGAAGUCGAUGCAUUGUCUUUGGAGAAUUCGGAAAGUUCGUUGAGUCUGUCGCACCCGAAUGGUGCUAAGAGUCUCUCUCCGCAGUCUGUAACUCCUGUGAAAAAGAACAACUGGAGUCCAUCCGUUGAGUUGGCAAGUCCUCGUUUUAGUCUUGAAAAUAGUUCACCUCUUUUAGGAGGAUUUCCAAGUGUUUGGCGUUUAGAACCGUCUGAGCAUGUUCCUUGUGACAGAAAGAAUGAAAGCCUUCGACAAUUUUCGUCUUCUUCGUUAUCAUCAUUCGAGACUGGCACAAAUGAUAGCACUUCUGGGUUAUCAUCUUUCUCAAAUUUAGCCUCAUUUUCAUAUUUACAAGGAUCCAGUCAAGAUUCUGCCCUUUUUCAACGCCGUUCUCCAUUGGAGAGAGCAAGUUUGGGUUCUAAUAAUGGCAGUGUUGGUGAAGUCUCGUCGUCUUUUAGUAACACGUUCUGGACUAGUCCCGUUUCCAGAUUCUGGGACAAUAAGCAAUGAACCUAACUGUGUUGGCUAUCUUUGUGUUUUUUCUGAUAUCUCUUGUUAUAUCUCUUUUUAGUUAAUAUGUGUUCUUUCUUGGUAGACAAGAUUAGGUUUAGGAUAACCUUCUGUGUCGUAUUAUUCUCUCUAGACUUAUUAAUAGGUGUUCGUUUGUGUUUAUAGUAUGCAUGGUUGAGUUUUGUGUCUUUGGGAUUCGAUAUAAAAGUGUUUUUGUUUUCCUUUGCAAAGAAAAAAAUGGAAAGCCAA